GAUUUAUGCAUGAUUCCUAGUAGAUCGUUGACUUAUAGGCUACCCGCCCCUGUAAUAGCGCUGGCAGCGCAAGGAUAGUCCGCAACUUGUCCACCAUGAAAGGUUUUCUUCAGAAGGCGAAAGCUGAGCUGAGGGGCAAGACCCAACGCGACACAAUCGGCUUCCCAGGGCGUCACUUUGGUAAUGGUCAUUCGCAAGGGCAAUACUAUGAUCCGCCAGAUGAACAAUUCGUCUGUUCGGAUUCGGAGAAUGUACAAGCUCAGACAAUCCACGAUCCAACACCUUUAGACAUCCUCCGCUAUCGCUACCAUCACGCCACCAAUCUUGGCUCUAUAUACGUCAUCGAACGCUGGCUCCAACCAUCUCGCUUCCCUGAUGGCGCUGAGGGAUCGAGUGAGUUGGCGGCUGUCAAGGCGUGGGUCGACAGGAUCGGCAUUGAAGCUACCAAACAGAAGUUUGAAGAGGACUGGACGAAUGCGUUGUCAGAAGAUGACAUACAAUGGCUCGUAGAUGAGGCCAAGUGCACGACUAUCCGCCUACCGAUCGGCUACUUCGAUCUUCCUGGCGCCGAGUUCACUCAAGAUACGCCAUUCGAACCUUAUGCUCGCGUGUACGAAGGAGCAUGGAACAAUAUCCGCACCCUGAUUUCCCGUUUGCGAGCACACUCCAUCGGUGUCCUGCUCGAUUUGCAUGCCCUACCCGGAGGCGCCAAUGCGCAAGAACAUUCCGGAACCAAUAGCGGACGCGCAGAGUUUUGGAAUAGUUCCUCGAACCGUGAUUUAGGCGUUCGUUGCUGUCAAUUCCUCGCUGAAGACGCCACGACAGGGUCCGAAAUCGCCGGUAUCCAGCUCGUCAACGAAGCAUUGUGGGAAGCCGAAGGCAUGUACGAGUGGUACGAUGAGUGCAUCGAUGCCAUCUCAGAUAUCGAUGCUAGCAUCCCUAUAUUCAUCUCCGACGGUUGGAACUUCAGGAAAGCUAUCGACUACACAUUGCAAAAGAACUCGGUAAACGUCGAUCAGCCGACAAGCCCAGUGGUUAUCGAUACGCAUUACUACUGGGCUUUCACAGAUGAUGAUAAGAAGAAGUCUCCACAGCAAGUCAUUUGGGAGGUUCACACCAAGCUUGCUGAACUCGAUGGUAAGGAAGGCUCGGUCCUCGAUCGUGGCGCGGUCCAAGUCAUCGUUGGCGAGUACUCUUGUGUACUGACGGAGGACUCGUGGGCUAAAUCUGGCGGUACUCCCAAAGAGGAGCUCGUGGAACAGUUUGGUGAAGCGCAGAGUAAGAGAUACCAGCAGCGGGCGGGUGGAAGCUUCUUCUGGACAUACAAGAUGGACUGGAUGCCCGGCGGCGAGUGGGGCUUCACGGCACAAUCGGAUGCGGGUAACAUCGUACCACCCCCGUACACUCAACUAUCACUGGAAGAGAGGGGCUGGUUUGUAGAGAAAGCACGGGAUGAAAAAGACAGACGCAUGCGUAAGGCUGUGCAGCAGCAUGUUACUUACUGGCGCCGCGUCGACCCUCAUGGUUCGUACGAAUUUGAAAAGUAUCAACACGGCUGGAACGUCGGCUUUCAAGACGCAUUGGCAUUCUUCGAAGGUCGAGCAACGCAGGGUGACAAGAUUGGUAUGCUGGAGAUAUGGGUGCUCAAGAGGGUGAGAGAGAGUGGGUACAGAGGUGCCUUGACGUGGCAAUUCGAGCAUGGUUUGAGAAAAGGCAUUCAAGACUUGUAUGCCGCGGUGGAGAUAUAGGGCGGCCGGUAUUCGAGUGACUUUGUUCGCACGACAUGAUCGUGUCGCCAGGCAGAGGGCGUUUGAUCUUGGGAUCGAAUAUAGCUAAGUGUAAAUUCUGAUGCGGGAUCAAGGUGAUAGCGACCUAAGAAGAGUGAUGGUAAUAGCGGCGAGCAGGAUUAUGAGAACCACGUGGUUUGAAAGGUGUUAGAACAAAGUGAGAAGACGGUUGAGCUUAGGAUGAUCCGUGGGAUUGGAAGUACGCAGCGGUCGUGCAUUGUAAGCAUGUACAGUAAAAUGAAUGAUAUUGAGGGCUUUCACUAUUAAGUAAGCU